AUGAGAGCGUCGGUGAAGGUCUGGCUGCAGGAGCAGAGGCGACGAAGAAACACCCUGCCGCCCGAGGAGGAAGCACACAUUCAGAGAAUAAAGGAUCGUCUGCGGAUUGGUAGCCCUCUUUGUGAGCCUUAUGACUCGCACACGGAAAGCAGUUGGAGAAAACCGACGCCCGUCAGUUCGGCUACCGCAGACAGCCUGCUGCAGCACAACGCCGUUCUUCUUUCCCGACUAGAAGACGUGGAGGAGGCACUUCGAUACAGUGAAAAAGAGCGGCAAAGGCUGCGCACCCAGCUGCUUCAGGCAUCUGACGAAAACCGUCGGUGUGCCAUGCAGCUUAUACAACUGGCGCUGGAUACUCGUCGGGGGGAAUUGCUUCUUGAAGAACAACUCUUCCGUGAAAGAUUGCUGCGUCAUGAGAGUGAAAAAAGGCAGAAGUUUCUUUGGGAGCUGGACCGCCGCCUAAGUAGCAAUAGAUGCGCGCACGCAUCGCACAAUGAGCGGCUUCAAGGCAGCCCAAGAGUUUCAUUGAGUAAGCAAUUUUACGCCUAG